UAUAAUAGGGUGGUUGAAUAUCCACACACACUGCUCAUUAUUUAUUGGUCCCAAAUGACAAUGUUUUGUCUCCCAGCAGUAUAAAUAUCCACCACACACACUGCUCAAAUUUCCUCACUCCAAGGCUCUCCUUUCUUAACCUCUUAAGAUAAGGUCAGUCAAUUGGUUAAGAUGGAGAGUUACACCCCGAAAAACAUCCUUAUCACCGGAGCAGCCGGAUUCAUUGCAUCCCAUGUUACAAACAGACUCAUGCGUAACCACCCAGGUUACAAGAUCAUUGUCCUUGACAAACUGGACUACUGCUCCAAUCUCAACAACCUCCUCCCCUCCCGCUCAUCCCCGAACUUCAAAUUCGUCAAGGGCGACAUCGCAAGUGCUGACCUGGUCAAUCACCUCCUCGUCACCGAGUCCAUCGACACCAUCAUGCAUUUUGCUGCACAGACGCACGUUGACAACUCCUUCGGCAACAGCUUCGAGUUCACCAAGAACAACAUUUACGGAACCCACGUGCUCUUGGAGGCCUGCAAGGUCGCUGCCGGUCAGAUCAAGCGGUUUAUCCACGUCAGCACGGACGAGGUGUACGGUGAGACUGAAGAGGAUGCGGUCGUGGGAAACCACGAGGCCUCACAGCUCCUCCCCACGAACCCGUAUUCUGCCACGAAAGCGGGUGCGGAAAUGUUGGUCAUGGCUUAUGGGCGGUCUUACGGUUUACCCGUUAUAACAACCCGUGGGAAUAAUGUAUAUGGCCCCAACCAGUUCCCCGAGAAGUUGAUCCCCAAAUUCAUUCUUUUAGCCAUGAAGGGGUUAACUCUCCCUAUACAUGGGGACGGAUCAAAUGUCAGAAGCUAUCUAUAUUGUGAAGACGUGGCAGAGGCAUUUGAGGUUGUACUUCAUAGGGGAGAGGUUGGCCAUGUGUACAACAUAGGGACGAAGAAGGAAAGGAGAGUGAUCGAUGUUGCGAGGGACAUAUGUGGUCUUUUUAACUUGGAUCCGGAAACAAAAAUCAAGUUUGUGGAGAACAGGCCAUUCAAUGAUCAGAGAUACUACUUGGAUGAUCAGAAGUUGAAGAAUUUGGGAUGGUCGGAAGGAAUGACUUGGGAGGAUGGUUUAAGAAAGACUGUUGAUUGGUAUACUAAUAACCCUGAUUGGUGGGGUGAUGUAUCUGGUGCGUUAGUUCCCCAUCCAAGGAUGCUGAUGAUGCCCGGUAGAGUGGAGCAGCCAUUGAAGAGCUCUGAAUCUUCUGCAAUCCCCGAGAGGCCAAACCCGGAACACAUUGUGGUCCCACAUCUGAAAACCAGCAACUCCUUGGUUCAAAAACAGACCCCCUAUAAGUUCUUGAUCUAUGGACGAACGGGUUGGAUUGGCGGUUUGCUUGGGAAACUGUGUGAGAAGGAUGGGAUUGCUUAUGAGUAUGGAAGGGGGCGUCUGGAGGAUCGGUCACAACUUUUGGGUGACUUACGGUCCAUUAAGCCUACUCAUGUCUUCAAUGCUGCAGGUGUCACCGGUAGACCCAACAUUGAUUGGUGUGAGUCACACAAGACUGAAACCAUACGCGCCAAUGUUACUGGUGUAUUGACCUUAGCUGAUGUAUGCAGAGAGCAUGGUCUCUUACUGGUAAACUUCGCCACUGGUUGUAUUUUUGAGUAUGAUGCAGCUCACCCGCAGGGUUCGGGGAUGGGAUUCAAGGAAGAGGACAAACCCAAUUUCACUGGUUCUUUCUAUUCCAAGACAAAGGCCAUGGUUGAGGAGCUCUUAACAGAAUAUGACAACGUAUGCAUUCUGAGAAUUCGCAUGCCCAUAUCUUCGGACCUCAAGAACCCGCGAAACUUUAUUGGCAAAAUAUCG